UUUAAUAUUCAUUUAUUCACCCUAACCGCAAACGCUAGUGGAAACCAGAUAUGAUGAAGUUUAGAGCGGUUCGAGACGAUUUAUAGCGUUUUGUGUGAUUGUUGUAGAACACCAAAAUUCCUACAAACCGCAAAAGUUACGUUUGUGGAUGGAAGCAGAAAACUAGUCAUACCCUUAACAAAGUGAAAUGAGCUGUCUUUAUAGUUAUAUUUUAAGUUUUUAUAAUUUAAAUUAAGAUAAUUUAAUUGUUAAUAUAUUUAAAUUAGACCAAGUUAUCUACAAUUAAAAUUUUCUUAUAAGAUUUAUUUGUUUGCUGGGAAAUAGAUACUAGAUUGUUCUAGGAUUAGUUUUCACUUAUAUACAUAUAUAUGUAUAAUUUUUGGAAUUAAACUUUCAGAUCUUAACAGAAUAAAUUAAAAUAUCAGCAACCAAUCAAAUUAAAACAAUUUAUGAAACUUCACAUAUAAAUGACAUAUAGGCAAAAAUAAUUUAAGUAAUAUUUUUAGUAGGAUAGAUACUAAUAUAUUAAGGGAUUUAUUGUUACACAUCUUUCUAUUUAUUUUUAUUUUUUAUCUUUCUAUAUAUUGUGAUUUCUUAUCCUUCUAUAUAUGGGGUCAAAAAAAAUCCUUCUAUAUAUUGUUAUUUUUUUUAUCUAUUUAUAUUAAGAAUGAAAUCAUGAUGAUAUACAGUUCCUCUAUUUACAAAGAGUGUUAUUUUAUCACAUUUCACACUAUUAAAAAAUUGCAAAAAACACUAAUCUCCAUUUUUAAUGUAUAAUUAAUAAAAUAAAAUUGAUGUAAAGUAGAAUUUUGUUGGUUAUUUAAAAGGACAAAAAUAUGUAAAUCCAUAUUUGAAAUGUAAAAUGAAAUUUAAAAAAACAAAAAAAAAGAAUAUAAUGUCAUAGAGUGACAUUUUUUAUGAAACAUAAUGAGUAUAAUAGCAAUACGAGGAAAGUAGACUUGCUAAAAAACAAAUUAAGGAAAAUUGUUCUCCAAAGAUUUCGAAGCAAGCAGUGCAAACUACCAUCACCACCUAGAGUCAACUUCCAUUGCUUUCCAAAUAACAACACUUAUCCGUCACUCUAUAAAUACUCUUUCUUCCUGUUAUCACUUCCUCACCACAGCAGAACAAGCCAUAUACAUACAUAUACAUAAUUUUUUUUUUUGUAAAAAUACAUAUACAUAAUUCAAGACAAGGAAAACACAUUCAUACGUUUUUGUGUAAACUUGGAAUUUUUAUUUAUCGGAUCCAUAAUAGUCAAAAUGGUCUUGCGAGUGUCGUAUGUUUUGGUGGUUCUAACCAUUCUUUCCAUGGAUCAUAGGAUCUCUCAAGCCACAUCCCGUGUUGCCUUUCAGAAGCUAUCCAUUGCUGAUUACUUCGAACAAUGGAUGAUCCAGUUCUCUCGAGUUUACAUCAAUUCACUCGAGAAACAGAUGAGGCUGGAAGUGUUCAAGAAAAACUUGGAAUACAUUGAGAACUUCAAUACUAAGGAGAAUAAAAGCUACAAACUUGGUGUCGACGAGUUCACGGAUCGAACUGACGAGGAGUUCCUAGCCACCCACACCGGUCUCAGUGGCAUUAAUGUAAUUUCAUCAUCCGAAGUGGUUGAUGAAUCGAUGUCAUCUUCGAACUGGAACGUCAGUAAUAUCAUUGGAUUCUAUGCCAAGAGCAAAGACUGGAGAUUGGAAGGAGCUGUAACACCUGUCAAAAACCAAGGAAGUUAGACCACCCGCAUCGGGGGUUUAUGAGAGAGUCAUGGGCUCGGUAUCAUAGGCCUUUUCGAUUAAAAGAAAUGAAUAAAUGGGUUUCAACCCGUGAACCGGGUCUUCCAAGUGAGUCCGUAUGAUACGGGGUCAUGCCACGCGGCGCAGAGGGAGUGGCUACGCGAUCUCGCGUGUUGAGUGAGAAAAAAGGGUUUCGCGUGAAAGAUCCCAUUUUCCCUUCUCUCUUCGAAAUCUAGGGUUUCUCCGUCUCUGAGGCGAUUUCGUGUCCGAGUCCAGAGCCGGAGAUUUUCUCGAUCAAUUCGUCGUCGGAGUCACUCGUAAACGCUCUCAGAUGGAUCCCGAAGCAGAGAUAAGAGACACAAAGAGAAGAAAGGAGCACAUCGAUAUGCUUUCAUACGUGUGUGAUUCAUAACACGGGAUUCCGACGAGGUGUCCCUGUGGUGGGAGUAUAAUUCACGAGGUUUGUGGGAAGGAGGAAUACGACACUCUCCCCGGCAAGCGUUUCUUCACCUGCAUAAACUACGAGCCUUGGGUCAUUGGUGUGCAGGAGCAUAACGAACGGCUCACAAGUCGUGUGGAGGAGGUGGAGGCGAUGAUCAAGUGGGUGCCGGAGGUGAAUAAUAAGAUUAAGAGUCUGGAGGCAGAGGUAAAAGCCCUCACUGUGGAGGUUGAUAGGCUCACUGGGAAGGUUUAUAACCUGACCGUGCAGGUGGAUCACUUGGAGAAAUGCUGCUUCGACUGAAAACACAAAGGUCACCAGUUCAAGGAGGAGGAUGCGUGGAUGGUUGCAGGUCUCUGUUUCUUUAUGUAUCAAAUCAAGUCACGGGUGGUAAUGUAGUAGUAGGUGGUUGUAGUGGUAGGUUAUGUAAGAUGGAAUCACGGGAGAGUGUAGUGUUUUCCAACUUUCUACACUCGUUUUAUCUAUGUAUCAAAUCAAGGGUAUGUCCCCACGGCUUUGCUUUUGUACUCACAGGUGUAUGUACCCACAUGCUACUUGCUUCAAUGUUUUUCUAUAUAAAUGACUAUGUGUUUCAUUCUGUUUAUCUCAUUCAUGCAUUUUAUCAAAACUAUCUUAUCAACUAUGUGAUACAUCAGUUUGAUUCUUCUUACCAUCAGCCAUACUUUUAUCAAAACUAUCUCACCAUCUCGGAAUCUAACCAACCAACACCACUACGAGAAUCACCAACCAACACCACGAGAAUCACAACAACAAUCAAACAAGAAUCACCAAUCAACACAAGGAAUCAACUCUACUACUCCUCAACCCCACAGAUCAUCUCUACCAUUCAACAGAGGUAAGUUGAAAACCAAAAAUUCUAAGUAAUGAACAUAUCCUUAAAUAAUGAAAUUCUAAAUUCUAUAUUAUCAUAUUUAAAACCAAAAAAAGGUUUAUAAUUUACUAAAGUUAAAACCCAAAAAAAAAAGAUUCAAGAGAAAUAAACAGAUUUAUAAUUUUAAUGAAAAACUUUACUAAGGUUAAAACCAAAAUAAUAUAAAAAAAAAACUAAGGUUAAAACCCAAAAAAAAAUGAACAGAAAUAGAGAAAUAAACUUUAAAAGAGGAAAAACAUACCAUAUAUAAGAAAUAAAAAUUUGUUUUAAAAGUUUAUUAAAAAUUCCUCCCUAUUGCCUUUUGUAGGAAAAAUAUUACAAUAAAUAUCAUCAACAAUGUCUUCCUCAUCAAGUGAUGAAGCGGAUGAAGUUUUUGAUGAAUUGGUCGAUGAAGUAGUUGAUAAUUUCAUCGAUACAGUAAUUGAUGGUCAAACCAACAAAUCAAAGAGGCAAGCUUAUAUUGAAAGAGAUCGAGAACAAGGACACAUUCGACUAUGCAACGACUAUUUCAGUAAUAAUCCAACUUACACACAAGAUAUGUUUAGGCGGCGGUUUCGAAUGAACAAGCCAUUGUUCCUUCGCAUUGUCGACCGUCUAAGUACUGAAGUUCCGUACUUUCAGCAAAGAAGAGAUGCUACCGGAAGGAACGGGCUAUCUCCACUUCAAAAGUGUACGGCAGCGAUACGUAUGCUCGCAUAUGGUCAGUCAGGAGAUACAUAUGACGAAUAUCUCCGGAUGGCUGACAGUACAUCACGUUUAUGUUUGGCAAAAUUCACUGAUGCAAUAAUACAAUUGUUUGGGGAUGAGUAUCUACGAACACCUACAGCCGAGGAUCUUCAGCGAUUACUCGAUAUUGGAGAGGUACGGGGAUUUCCGGGGAUGAUAGGCAGCAUCGACUGUAUGCACUGGGAGUGGAAAAACUGCCCAACAGCUUGGAAAGGUCAGUUCACACGUGGUUCGGGAAAGCCAACAAUUGUCUUAGAAGCCGUGGCAUCACAAGAUCUUUGGAUUUGGCACGCUUUUUUCGGCUUACCAGGUACCCUAAACGAUAUCAAUGUUCUUGAUCGGUCUCCAGUUUUUGAUGACAUCUUACAUGGUCGAGCCCCUAAAGUGAAGUUCAAGGUCAACAACCACACUUAUCGUAUGGCCUACUAUUUUACCGACAGCAUUUAUCCUCCAUGGGCAACAUUUAUCCAAUCCAUCCCACUUCCUCAAGGUCGUAAAGCACAUAAAUUUGCAGAAAUGCAAGAAUCCGCCAGAAAAGAUGUCGAACGGGCUUUUGGAGUAUUGCAAUCGAGGUUUGCAAUUGUUAGGAACCCAGCUCUACAAUGGGACAAGGAAAGGAUAGGAAAAGUAAUGAUAGCUUGUGUCAUAUUGCACAAUAUGAUAGUAGAGGACGAACGAGACGGAUACGCUCCAAUUGAUACAUUUGAGUUUGAGACAGGACAGUCUAGCAGAAGUUCGCAGGCGAGAAGCAGAGAUAGUGUUAAUGUCACCCCUGAUAUGUUAGCCAUGCGGAGAGAAGUUCGAGAUAGCGACAAGCAUCAUCGUUUGAAAGCUGAUUUAGUGGAAAAUAUUUGGCAAAUGUUUGGUGAUGAAGAUGAAUAAAUAAGUUAUGUAUGUUAGAAAAAAUUCUCAAUUUAUGUAAUGUACUUUUAAUGUAUUGAAUAAAAUGUUUUCAUAAUUUUAAUAAUAUGUUUUAAUAUUUUAUUCAUCUUUUUUGAAUAUUUUAAAUUUUUUUUUUUUAAAUUAAUAUUAUUAUUUUAUUCCUAUGAACUCCUUCUUCGGGUUCACUAAUGCAGAAAACAGCAUAUCCGAGUUCAUAACUGUUCAUGGACCCACGAAAAAAUAUUAAAAAAUAUUGGUGAACCCUAAAGGGGGUUCACCAAUGCUCAUGCUCUUAUUGUUGUAAGCUCGCUUGACUUAUAUAUAUUAUAAACAGUCUCUAGUCUCUCUACAGAUUAGAAAAAACAAUGUAGUAAUUAAACUCCACAUAAAAGCUUAAUACCCAAGUCAGGGUGAUCAUUCUAGGUUUCUAACAAUGAAGUAAUCAUUAUAUGCGCAUGCAGGUGGUUGUUGGGCGUUCUCGGCGAUUGCAGCGGUGGAAGGUCUGACAAAGAUUUCCCGAGGAAAGCUCGUAUCACUGUCCGAACAGCAACUUCUAGAUUGUGACAAAGCUAACCAUGGUUGCAAGGGAGGAUUAAUGGACAAAGCUUUCAACUACAUAGCACAAAAAGGAAUUACUGGAGAUGACGAUUACCCUUUCCUAGAGGAAGAUGGGAUUUGCCAGUUCGAGGAUGAACCCGUCAUUAAGAUCAGAGGUUACCAAUGCGUUCCACGCAACAACGAGCUUGCUUUGCGCGAGGCAGUAUCGAGACAGCCCGUCUCCGUUGGAGUGGCUUGGCAUUUGGACAGUAUCAUCCAUUACUCAAGCGGAGUGUACGAUGAGCCUUACUGUGGUAUCAACAUGAACCAUGCGGUGACUAUUGUAGGGUACGGGACGAGCCCUGAAGGGAAAGAUUAUUGGCUGGCUAAGAACUCUUGGGGUGCGAGUUGGGGAGAGAAUGGUUACGUUAGACUCCGUAGAGAUGUGGAGUGGCGUGAAGGCAUGUGUGGUCUGGCUCAGUAUGCUUGUUAUCCGGUUGUUUGACUAGCUUGUUCGAUGAUAUGAUAAACUGAAAUGAUCAAACAUUAUGUAGUUUGGUCUAUUUUAUGAUUUAUUUAAAUGUGGUCUUAAACUAUAUCGCAAAUUACGGUUGACCAUAAGCUUUAUAAUGCUCAUAUUAUUGCUCAAUAUAAUAAAAGCAACAAUUAGUUGUCACUCCAUCCCUUCGAAAUGUAUUUUGAAAAUUUUCUAUACAUACUUUUUUUUUUUGUCAACAUCCAUUAUAUAUGAGUUAUUCUUGGGUUCACCUCUAGGUUAACCAACCAAUAUAAUUUCUUUAUUUCAAAUUUGAUAUUUUUUAAAAAAGAAAUAAAAUAUUGGCAAGUUAUAUUAUGUUUUUAAAAUAAAAAAGUAAAAAAAUAGUAGUUACAGAAAAAAG